ACCUUUCUCUGAUAUAAUAUUAUAUGUGUUAGUAGAAAAAUUAUGCUUACAGGCCGGUAUUGAUUUAUUUAACAGAAAUGAGGUUGUCAGUGACAAACUGUGUACGGUAUCCAAGGUGCGACACGACGUCGCCGCGACCGCCGACCGGUCGCUGCGACUGUCGUGAUCCGUGAUCUGACCGACUUACUUGCGUUCCCUAAUGACUGGUCUCUUGGGCGCGACUGUAGCGCUCGGCGGCUUAUUUGUCGCCGCGACCCACGACACUACACCGUCUACACAGCAGUGUAUCGCGACAGUCGCCGGCGACAUGACAAAAUUUUUGCCAGAACAAGAGGAGAUGUUGAUAGAGGAAGUAAGGACAUAUCCUGUCCUUUAUGAUGUCUCUGAUGCAAAAUAUAAGGACAUCAUCUACAAAGAUCAUAUCUGGAAAAAAAUUGCUUCAAAAAUAGGCAAGCCUAUUGACGAUUGCAAAAAAAAGUGGAAAAAUAUCAAAGAUACACAUAACAGGACCAAGCGUAAACUAAGAACAGGAAAACCAUCCAGAAAAAAACGGGCUUCGGCAGAUCGUGUUUCUUUUUUGAACACCGUUGAAUACGAGCGAAGUUCUACGUCUAACAUGUGUAAUGAUAAUAAUGAGGAUAAUAAGGAUAAUCUAGACAUUAAUGAAGAAUCAGCCAUCUCAAACGAGGACAUAUCAGGAGGUUCAGUUGUGCGCUCCAAGACGGAUAAUUUAUCUGUUUUAUUGGCCAAAAAAACAGACGAAAGAAGUAAAAAUAUAGAAAAAAUUAAAGAGCUAAAUGAACACAUUUUAAACGUAGGAAAAGAAGAUGACGAGGUUGAUCUCUUUUUUAAAAGUUUGGCUAAAACAGUAAAAAAGCUACCCAUAAAAGGUAUAAACGAAGUCAAGUUAAAAUCUAUUGUGCUGGUUAACGAAAUCGAGGAAAAAUAUGCAGCUCUUUUUUCUUAAGAAGUAGUAGCGAGGGAGUAGAAGAAAGGAUCUUAUAGUUGUUAAUAAAUAAGAAAAAAAUGUAUUGGAGCAAAGUUUACUAAAAUCUAAAUGAUUUUAUUGUAAAA